AUGAAACACGUCAUCGGGGGCUGUUGGCGUCCCCGGCCCGAAGCGAAACUGAAGCGAGCCGGGAGCUCCGCCCCCUGCCCCCUCCCGAGGCCGGGGGUAGCCAAUGGGGAAGGGCGGCCCCGGGAGCCGGCCAAUGAGGGAGCGGCGGGGGCGGCGGGAGGCGCGGGAUGGCCGCAGCGGGGACGGCCGCCGCCGCGGGGGCCGGGACGGGGCCCCUGUGAGAUGGCGGGGUACGGGGGAGCGGGGGCCGCGGGGGCCGCGGGGGCCGCGGGGGCCGGCCUGCGGGAGGAGCGGCGCUACGGCCUGUCGUGCGGGCCGUCGGGAGGGCCGUCGGGCGGGCCCCCGGGAGGGCCCCCGGCCGGGCCCCCGGCCCACGAACGGCUCACCGUGCUGCACGUCAAGAUGACCGAGACGGCCUUCCGCGCGCUGGAGACCUAUCAGAGCCGCAAGAACUCCACUCCUUCCAGACCCUCUAUUCAAUUUCAAGGACUUCAAGGGCUCGUCAAAAUUCCCAAAAGUGAUCUCCCAAACGAAGUGCAUAACUUUAACUUCUACUUGUCGAAUGUUGGUAAAGAUAACCCUCAGGGAAGCUUUGACUGCAUCCAGCAAACAGUCUCCAGUUCUGGAGCCUCACAACUCAAUUGCCUGGGAUUCAUUCAAGAUAAAAUUACAGUGUGUGCAACGAGUGAUUCCUAUCAGGUGACGAGGGAACGGAUGACCCAGGCGGAAGAGGAAUCUCGCAAUCGGAGUACAAAGGUCAUAAAACCUGGCGGACCAUUUGUAGGUAAGAGAGUCCAGAUUCGGAAAGCACCUCAAGCUAUUCCGGACGCAGCGCCAGAGAGGAAAAGGUCAACUCCCAUCAACCCUGCAAAUACGAUACGAAAGACCCACGUAAGCAACAGUGUUUCCCAGCGGCCAUAUAGGGACAGAGUGAUUCACUUACUGGCGCUGAAGACCUACAAGAAACCAGAGAUACUGGCCCGUUUACAGAAAGAUGGGGUUAAUCAAAAAGACAAGAACUCUCUUGGAGCCAUCCUGCAACAGGUAGCCAACCUGAAUCCCAAGGACCUCUCGUACACUUUGAAGGAUUAUGUAUUUAAAGAGCUCCAGAAGGACUGGCCUGGCUACAAUGAGAUAGAUCGGCAGUCAUUAGAGCUCAUUCUGUCUAGAAAAUUAAAUCCAUCUCAGCAUGCCACCAGCACCAGUCGUUCAGAGUCUCCUCUACGUGCUAGUAAAGAGGCUGCGUCGUCUUCUCCAUCUCAGAAGCGACCCCUGGACUCGGAUUUCAUCGACCCUCUGGCCAAUAAAAAAACCCGGAUAUCUCACCUAACCAACAGAGUUCCGCCGACCCUAAACGGUCACCCAAAUGCCACCAGUGAGAAAACUGCCGCAGCCCCCCCGCCCCCGCCGCCUCCUGCAGCUGCUGCCACCCCAACCCCCCCGCCCCUUCCUUCGACCCACCUGCCGGUUUCAAAUCCUCAGACUGCAAAUUCUAACUCCAAUUCCCCCAGCACCCCAGAGGGCCGGGGGACUCAAGACCUGCCCGUCGACAGUUUCAGUCAAAACGGCGGCAUCUACGGGGACCAGCAAGACAAAUAUACCUCUAGGACUUCUCUGGAAAUCCCGGCACCCGCUCCAAUCCAUUUGGAGUGUUCAAAGCCCGGGGGUGACAAACAUUCGGCGUCCCACAAAAAAUCCAAAAAGAAGUCUAAGAAACAUAAGGAAAAGGACCAAAUUAAAAAGCAUGACACGGACAGUGUUGAAGAAAAGGAGAGAGAAGUUAAGAAAAAAGAUGACGUUGCCAAGCUAAACAGCUCCGGUCUGGAUUUGAACGAAGGGGUGCAGGUUUGCAGUGCCUCUACCGAUCCUUCGUCCACAAUCGAACUACCGGAUUAUUUGAUGAAAUAUAUCGCUAUAGUCUCACACGAGCAACGCCAGACUUACAAAAACGACUUCAAUGCAGAGUACGAUGAAUACAGAAAGUUGCAUGCCAGAAUGGAGACCGUCGCUAGAAGAUUUAUUAAACUUGAUGCCCAACGUAAGCGCCUUUCUCCUGGUUCAAAAGAAUAUCAGAUCGUUCACGAGGAAGUCCUCCAAGAAUACCGGAAGAUCAAGCAGUCAAGUCCCAAUUAUCAUGAAGAGAAAUACAGAUGUGAAUAUCUUCAUAACAAGCUGGCUCACAUUAAAAGACUAAUAGGUGAAUUUGACCAACAGCAAGCGGGGUCUUGGCACUAGAAUUCUGUUUGGACCAGAGGAUGUGAAUACACUUAAGCUUAUUUAUUUAAAAUUCCAAAUGAGUUGCUCUAAGAUUCUCAAAAGAUGAAACUUUUACCCGUUGAAAGUUUCAGUAUUAGCAGACUCGAGUUACAAGUUUUUUUUAUUUUUUAUUUUAUUUUAUUUUUUGUUCUUAUUUUUGCUUCCCUGCAUAUUUGAAGCUGCUUCUUCCGGUCCCUUCUUUUCUCAAGACUUGUGUUUGUCCAUGGAAAUCAUUCUUCAGAUACCGGGGAUCCAGUGUCUAUAUUUCAGAGUUGUGCACAUUUAAAAAAAAAAAAAAAAAAA